AUGGAACCAUCGGUAAACGCGCUAGAAGUUCUUGAACAAGAGCAACAGCGCAGGCCACUCGAGCCUAAUGAUAAGCGAGACAUCAUUCUCCGGAUGCGCAAGAAACGACGCAUUUCUACCGAUUCUCCUCCCUGUCAAGAUUCUAGGCAAAAGCAUUCGACGAGUGCGACCCAGUCGGUGCGUGCGCCUCUGCAGCCGAUCCCGUCCUCCCUCACCUUUCAAGCGACGACAGCAUGGAUUGAACGGGUAACGGAACGGAGCCGAGACGUGUCUUUACUUUCUUCAGUCGAGGACUUGGUUCAUGAGUUCCACCUGUACAUGAAAGAUAGGUGCCUAGAGGAGUCGUCUACUUUGACGAACAGUCAGGGCAAUCGUACAUUACCGCCUCAGCGCGUUCGUGCCCGUGUAUCGCUAUGGUCGUCAAAGAGUGGUACUGUAUUCGUUGAGCUGCGCGAUGUGGGCUUGGUAUCGAUUGAGCUGCAGCUUCAGAAUAACGAACUGAACAUCAUGAGCAUGAGCAUGUGCUCGCUUAGUGAAUACCCUCAUAUCCAAAGCUCCUCGAGCGCCCUACUUCCAUCGCGCUUCAUGUUUUAUGGAGACAUAAGCAAUCAUUUACUCGUAUAUGCGUUAUCGCACCAGCGUUCAUACGGGCAUGGUCUGGUUGCACUUGCACACACUCUUUUGCAUGUGGCUGGACUGCGCACCUUAUAUGAUCCGUUGCCUGUCCCUGCUCCAAGCGUGGCGCCUAUCAUAUCUCGCCUCACAUAUGGCACGCUUGACUGGAAUGCAACUUUGGAUCGAGAACAAUGCAUAGUUUGGAAGUGGUGUCAAGUCGUGUCACCUAUACCGUCCAAUCAGGGUGAAUGGUGCGCGUACGUCCCUGGUCUAAUGUAG